GAUUCUUCAGGUUUCAAUGAUGGAUAUGCAGCUAUAGCGCAGGCUGACCGCCUCACUCAGGAGCCAGAGAGUCUCCGCAAAUGGCGAGAAGAGCAGAAGGAGCGCUUGGAGGAGCUGGAUGCGGCUGCCAAGGUGACGGAGCAGGAAUGGAGAGAGAAAGCCAAGAAAGAUCUAGAGGAGUGGUACCAGAGACAGAGUGAACAGAUAGAGAAGAAUAAGAUUACAAACAGGAUUGCGGACAAAGCAUUUUACCAGCAGCCUAAUGCUGAAGUCAUUGGCUACGUAUUGUCACUAACCUCUCUACUGUUUUUAUAUACCAGAGCAUCAGAUGAGGUUCUUGCCUCUGAGACCAAGGACGAGGAGACCGGCACUGAAUGGGAACGUGUUGCCCGACUUUGCGAUUUCAACCCCAAGAGCAGCAAGCAGUCAAAAGAUGUGUCUCGCAUGAGAUCCGUGCUUAUCUCCUUGAAACAGACACCUCUGUCUCGCUAA